AUGAGCGACGACGGCGGCGCGCGCGAGGGACGACCUCGAAAGAGAAAAUCGAGAUGGGACGCCGAUGACGGCGCCGCGGGCGAGACGCGGGAGAUCGCGGCGACGGGUGAUGGAUCAAGGUUCGGCACGGGGCCGUCGAUGGUCGAACAGGAUGCGGGAGACGGGCCGGUGGCGCUGCCGGACGCGGCGGCGAUUCACGCGCACUUGGCGUCGAGAGGGGUGGUGUCGGCGAGCGCGAUGACGACGCUGCGAACGGAUGAUCCGGAGGUGACGCGGAAGUUUGCGAAGUAUCAAGACGUGAGCCAGCGUUUGGCGAUGCGGGAUUUCACGGAUGAUCGACCGGAGAGCGAUCGGAGUCCGUCGCCGCCGCCAAAGUAUAACCGGUUCGGCGUCAAGGUGAACACGCGAGAGGCUCGGAUGAAGGAUAAGCUUUUGCGAGAGCGGGACGAGUUGAUUGAGUUUUUGAUGGAGCGCGCGCGAGGGGAGUUCCAGCCCCCGCCGGAUUGGCGACCGAGAAAGAAGGAGAGGAAGCUUUACGUGCCGGAGGACGAGUACCCGGGGUACAACUUCAUCGGCUUGAUUCUGGGUCCUCGUGGGAACACGCAGAAGCGCAUGGAACGCGAAACGAAUACGCGAAUCAUGCUUCGAGGCAAGGGCAGCGUCAAACCGGGCGCGCACAGGGAUCACAAGACGGAUUACAAGGAGGACGAGCCUUUGCACGUGGUCGUCUUGGGUGAGCGGUGGGAGGACGUCGACAGGGCGGCGGAGAUGGUCGGACACAUUUUGCGGCCGAUCGACGAGGAAGAGAACGUGCACAAGCGCAUGCAGCUUCGUGAGUUGGCGUCCAUCAACGGUACUUUCGUUGAAACGUUCGGCGCGUGUAAAUUCUGCGGCGUCCAGGGACACGUGCAGGCGAACUGCCCUGAGCGCGAGAAGAUGGAGAGCUAUCGCGCACCGGUGGAGCUCGUGACGUGUAAGAUUUGCGGUAACGGAGGCCACCCGACGCGAGAUUGUCCACUCGCCGGCAAGGCUGACGCGGUCGCGGCGACGAACGAGAUGAACCAGGAGUACUCGGCGUUUUUGAAUGAAAUCGGAGUCAGUAAGGACGAUCUGAGACAGUCGGGCGAUGCCUCGAAUGCGGGCCCGAGCGUCGGUGGCGCGAGUAUGCCGCUGCGUUCGAACGUUCCCGGUGGUCGCGGUCAGUACAAUAAUCUACGCCCGGGAGAUUGGGUCUGCGAGCCGUGCGGUUAUCCCAAUUACGCUUCCAGGCAAAUGUGCAAGAGAUGCAGCGAGCCUCGACCCGGUGGGCCACCGCCUUUGAGCGGAGGAUAUCAAAAUCGAGUACCUUUUCAGCAACAGAUCACGCACGCGCCGAUCACGCACGCGCCGAUCGGUGCCGGCGGGACCAUGAUGCGACAGGCGCCUCCGCCGCCUCCGCCGAUGAUGAUGCCCAUGGGCGCUCCUCAGACCUACAUCUCGGUGCCUCCGCCGCCUCCGGAAGAUGGUACGGCCGGCGUGCCACCUCCGCCGCCGGAAGACGGCACGGCGGGCGUUCCGCCCCCACCUGUGAUGCAAGUCGCUCCGCCACCUGUGGUGCAAGUCCCUCCGCCACCGGUGGUGCAAGUCCCUCCGCCACCGGUGAUGAACGUCCCCCCUCCGCCAACCGAUGAACCGGAGGAGGGCGAGCUCGGGGACGUGCCCCCGCCGCCACCGCCCGACUCCAAGGAAAAGGAGUUCGAGUCGUUCAUGAACAAUCUCUAG